CACGGAAGUUCAGAAGAGCCUCAAAAAUUAACGAAUUUUUGCGAAAUAAAUCGUUUAGAGAAUUAUUAAUAAAAUUAAGUGAAAUUGAUCAAUUUAUUUACUAAGUCAAUGCGUACAAAGACAGACAAUUAAAUUGUUACUAGAAAAGUAUAGAGUAUAUAGGCAUACAAAGAUGGCACUAGAGAAUGUUAGAGUUGAAGAUUUUAUUGAAUAUUUCUUAUUUCCUGAGAUUAAUGCAAGUGCACAAGACAAUGAGGCAGAAGUAUUGAAUGACAUCCAGCAGAGAAUCGAUGAGAUAUCAAAGUCAUUCAUCAAGAACUAUAUAUGGCACAAGGAUCCAUUCAAUUUAAAAAUAAGGAAUCAAAAUUCAAGUUUAUUAAACAAUAAUAAUGAGCAAUUACCUUCGCAUUUAUAUGGAAUCUCCCACUUUGGUGAUAAUAUUCAGGAUGAAUGGUUUAUAAUGUCCUUACUCUUCCACAUAUCAAAGGAAGUUCCAUCAGUGAUUAUUCGUGUGUGUGAUGCCGAUGGUGAAUUUAUGCUGAUUGAAGCAGCCGAUUAUCUUCCUAACUGGGCGAAUCCUGAAUCUUGCGAGCAAAGAGUUUUUAUUCACAACGGACACCUUUUACUAAUUCAUGAUACAUCUGAUAAAGCUACUGAUAUAUUGCCAAUUUAUGACUCCUUAAGGAAAAUAAGAGAAAAUCCGACAAAGUAUGUCGUGUCCAAGGAUGUUGAGAACUGCAUAAUGAAGAGAAUUGAAGAUUUUCCACAAGCAAUUGACGACAAUCUCCAUCGUCAGACUGUUUUCGUACCGUUAGCUGUUGCAGCACUUUUACAACAUAAUCCACAACUAAUUGCACCUGCAGUUCAGGCAUUCUGUAAUCGUGAUCCAAUUGAUAUGAAAGCAUGUCGUGCAAUGAGAUAUUUUCCACCCGAGAAUCGAGUAUACACAAGUGUAUUGUUUACAAAAUGUCUAUAUGCGAUGAUUAUGCAUACUAAUUACCUACCCGACCGACGAACUGGGUGGAAUAUUCCAUUAAUGACAAGUCCACAUUAUAAGGCACAUUUAUUGGGUGUCAAAAUUGCUUGUGGAUUUGAAAUUCUCACAUCACAAGCUAAAUCAUCUAAAAGUGACCUCGAGACAGACAGAGAGUGGCAAAAGUAUCUUGACAGCCUUAAAAAUAAGAAUUACUUCCAAAAUGAAAUUGAAGGAUCAAAAAAAUACCAAGAACUGCUUGAACAGGCAAAAGAUUACUACAAAGAGAAUCGAGAUUCAAUGAAAAGCACUUACCAAAUUGGUGAUGAUAUUCUUCGUGAUAUGAAGCACAUUGAUAUGAAUUUGGAUCAAUUUAAGGAUUUAGAAAAAUCCCUUCCACACUCUGACAGUGAUAGCUGGUUAAACAUAUCACCGGAAGACCUUGAUGAGAUGCUUACAAAACGUUACGGAAUACGAAAUCUGCUUGAUAAGAAUUUGAACGAAGGUGAUGGACAGUUGACAGACAUGCUUGAUAAUUUCCUCGGACAAAAGAGUGAUUACGAUGGCAUUGAUAUCUCAUUCUCGAGUAGUAGUAAUCAUGUUGAAACAAAGACGUCUGAUAUGGCAGCAGUGAAUGUUGCUAGCAAUUCAAAAUCCAAAAAAAUUGAUUUUGAUGCUGAUGCAUUUUGCUCGACUGUACAAAAUCUCCUUGAUCUUGUUAUUCCCGAGGAUAAUUGGGAUUCUCAGAGCGAUAUGAGUGACUAUGAGAAUGAUGAUGAUUUACUGGCUAAAAAUAUUGAUGAAAUAUCCAAAAAUCGUCACGUAAAGGGACGCAAGAAGAAGCAACAACAACAAUCUGAUGAAAAGAAGUCGACUAUGGACGAUUAUAUGAAGCAAAUGGAUCGUGAAUUGGCACAAACAACAAUUGGUAAAAGUUUUGAAAAGAAGACGAAUGAAUUCGAUGAUAUUGAGGACUUCCAGCCAGUUGACGUAGACAUGAAUGCUGUUAAGAAUAUGAUGGAAUCUUACAAGUUACAAGGCGCUUCCGCGGGACCCACAACUAAUUUAUUGACAUCAAUCAUGGGAAGUAGUAAAAAGCAAACUGAUGUUUAAGAGCUUUAAGAACCUUUUUGCCUCCCUUUUUUUACGACUUCAUAUAUCGCACGUAUACAUUAUAUUAGUGGCUGCUUUUUUACUAUUCACCGCAUAUUGUUAAACUUUAAUAUAAGGAAAAAGUAGUAAAAUAAUUUAUGGAUGUGAGUGAGGUUGUUGUUUUAGCGCAUUUUUUGGUUGCUUCUUCAAGAUUUAGAUAAUUAAUGGCACACGGUCGAAAAUGGGAAAUAUUUCUAUUAAACACGAGCAGAUUACAUUAUUAAAUGGAUUACAUUAUUAGGGAUCAAAAUAUGGUAAAUAACUUCAAGCUCAAAUCACGAAGUAUUAAGCUUUAAUAUUUGAUCUUGAAACUUUGGAAUUUUAUUUUGAAUAUUUGGUAGAAAAAGGAAAGAUUCCAACAACUUAUCCUGAGCGAGAAUCGAACUUACGCUCUUACAAUUUCUAAUGGAAUCUAUGCUCUUGCCACUGAACUAUCGAGGAUAGCUUCUAAUUUUGACAGAAUGUCAACUUAAACUACUGAUUAAAUCAGAACAAUGUAUUUUCAAUCAAUUGCAAUGAUAAUGUCUUAAUCUGAAAAACAGAAGCUUAAUAAAGAUCAGUAGCAUAAUAGAUCUUUUAAACAGGUCCUUAACAAAUAGCAAACCAAAUUGACAUCUCCGAUGUAUUUUAAGAAUACUCAUUUAAAAAGAAAUCUCCUAAUGCAAAAUGUUCAAUUAUUAAAUGGUUCCUAAAAGUACUAAGAACAAAAAGACAAAAUUGUAAGAGCACAAAUCCACAUAACCUAAAAUUUGAGUAGCUCAAAUAAAUCUUAGAUUCAAAAAUUAUUGUAAAACAAGCUUAGAUGAUAAGUCAAAAUGACACAAAAGCACUUUGCACACCAAAAACUCGCUAAAACAUCAUGAAAAGCUAGAAUGACAAACACAAAAUGAACACAUUUCCUUAUGUAUGAGCUAUAAAAUAGCACAAAAGCUCAAAAAAGUGAGCCUUGAAAGUUUCUCGAUGAAGAACUGCUUUAAUUUUAAAUCUCAUUAAGACUAUUUCAUUCCGUGUGACGUGUGAAAUGAAAGCUCUGGCAUCAAUUUACAUAAUCAUGCCAUCAUCAUUAUUUCGCAAGUUCCGCCACUUCAAGACACAAACUUUUCUUUCCCAUUUCAUGACAAUUCGAUGAAGACACAAACAAACAAAAAAGUAAUUGAAUAAAAUUGUAGUGAAUUAAAGUUUUUCAAUUUCUCUCCCCCAAAUUCUCCUCGUCUUUUAUUGGUCUAACAAUUGUUGCUGAAUGUUGUUAAGUACCAAAAGAUUUACGAGUUGCCCAUCAAAUCAAAUGGAAAAACGAACGGAAUAAGAAGAAGAAAGGAAAAGUUUAUUGGAAAAUUUUCUCUCUUUUCUUUUGUUUCCUCCUUUUCAUGCUUGUUCCUCACGCUCAAAAUAGACAAGUGAUGUACGUAGUACAUAAUGAAAGCACGGAUGAACGAUUGAAAAAUAUAUUUUUUUUUUUGGGUUAAAUUAAAAGGAUUUGAACUUUUUUUCGUAGGCCUUUUCUUUAAUAAUUAUUAGCGAUCUUGCCCUAAAGAUAUUAAUUAAUGAGAUUUAUGUUAAGUUUCGAUAAUUGCUUAUGAUUCAUUUUGUCAUGUUUGUAAGGAACGAUAAUAGCCAGUGAAAACGAAUUAUUUAAUACUUAUAAGUUCGACCAAGCAGCAUAAAUAUGGAAUGACAGCUUUCUUAUUUGUCACUUUCCAUAAUUGGCAAGGAUUUUGGCAGCUGGUCAACUAUCAUUAAUUAUUUAUGCUGUUUUCGAGAUAUAUAUCGAUAUUAUUUUCAUUUAUUUUGACACACAAUUACAGGGGGUAUGGAUAUAAAUUUUCUACAAUAGUUACCAUCUUGUAUUCCACUCAAAUUUUUAUAAUAAAUAAAAAAUGAUUUUUUAAGCCC